AUGUCAUUUCUGUCAAGUAUCGGUUCCAGAACAAGGGCUAUCAGAUCGGUGUAUCUCCAUUCUGGAAGACUAGGUCGAUACACCAGGGGAACGAAGGAGUUAUUGCUACCAGAGAAAUAUGAAGAUGAACGAAGUCUGUGCAGGAGUUCUAGUUACAUGUCGGAUGCUUCUCAGUUCGACACAGGGUCGUAUGGGACACUGUUUUCUCAGAUACAGGAAGUAUCGACGGAAUCCGAGGGGCCCCUGGAGUUUGUGGCCCGAGUGAUCCGAGUUCUCUGGAGUUCACUUGUAGCCACAGUGAUCCUGGUGCUGCUGCUGGUCUUCACAGUGACCAUGAUAGGGGUCGGAAGUGCCUACAGAAAGGACUGCCCGAAGGAGCCGAAACUUCCCAUUUACCUGCUGGUUGGAGGCUGUUUUGGUAUUGUUAAGAUUCUCAUGAUGAUCUGGAAUAAAAACCGUAAGAAAAACUACGAGAGAUUCGGUGUGGAGCCCGAGGAUGACAUGGAUGAUGAUGCUGUUAUGUUACGGUCCACUAAAUUCACCGGUUUUAUCCUAAAUAUGUUUCUUCUUACGUGGUUCAUUAUUGGGAACGUCUGGUUUUAUCAGAUAUGGACGCCAAAUUAUGACCAGCCGCUUCACGAACCCAGAAAUUGGUGCCACGAGAUGUUAUAUACGUACACCUUCUAUCAGAUACUCAUAUGCUAUUCCCUGAUUGGCUGUUAUGUGUUCUUCAUUGUCGCGUGCCUGGCGUAUUACUGGUGUUGGUGCCCAAGGCGACAGCUAGACAAAUCUUGA